AUGAUUCUUUCUGGAAGGAUUUAUAGGUGGAUAUCGUUUGGUUGUCUGGUUAUUAUUUUAAUCUCUCAUGGUGUGUUUGAAACUGAAUGUGCUAUUUCACCACCUGUUUAUUAUAUGGAGACAGGAGAAGAAAGAUAUUUCAACUUUUCUCCGGGAUUUUACGAUUCGAACGCGAUCUCCACAGAUCCUUCAGAUUGUAUAAGCAGCUGCGCUUACUACACUUACGCGCAAUCCGCUGUCGUAAAUGGAACCUACUGCUUUUGUGGGAAUAUUUUGCCACCAGAUUCACAGUUGUACGACAUAAAUUGUUUAGGCAUAGAGAGGGAAGACGUUUACAAUGUAUCACAAGAUGCUUUUGUAGGUCCAUUUGAAAUUACAACACAAAAUCAGACAGUGAAUCAAGCUGGGAACAAAAUUGCACUGAAUUUUGUGAUACCGACGGAAUUUCUAAAUUUACCCGGACCUAAAAUUUAUGAAUUCUACUAUGGAGAUACAGUUAAAAUACUAGAGAAUAUAUCAGAUAUUAACGCACCAUUAGAGGUGGUCUAUCAUUCACCAGGAGCAGUAUGGCCUACCCUGAAGGCGCGAAAUCAAGAUUCAACUGUUACUGGCUCAGCGAGUUUAGAACUUAUGAUUUAUGAGGUAGUAACUUCAGAGAAUCUUAUCUUUUCGUGCCCUGCAAUGGUUGUCAGAGGACAGCUUUUCAUGUGUCAACUGACUGUCAGUAAAGGAAGUCAUUUACAAGGUACCGUAAAUUUCACCGAUGAAUGGCAAGAUUCAUUCGCUUUACCAGAAGGUCCUUAUGACUGGAUAGGUAUGCCACCAAGACGCAGUAAUGAUAUAUUUAUUAACUAUAACACAAACAAACUAAUCAUAACUGGAAGCCAAGCUCGGUAUAGUGGGACAAUCAGUACAAUCCAAAUAAACGCACGAAUUUCUAGUGAUGUCACCUUCUAUCUUUUACGUGUUCAAUGUACAACUGGUAUUUAUAAUUUUGAACUAAACACGUGUUCAUUGACUAGUACUGCCAGUGUCGUAUGUGAUGCUGAUCAGGUUUUCUCUGGUUUAGUUCGAGAUUGUGUCAAGGUAUCAGCAACAGAUUGCGGUAGUUUACGAAAUCUGAAAUUGGAUACACCUCAAACAGUUGAAAACUAUGAUUAUCAAAUAGUGAAUAUUUACACAGCCAAAUCAGUAGCAGUCGGCUGGCAAAGUAUUGUACUGCCUUCAGUAUGGAAUGUCCAAUCAGGUGAUCGAAUAGGAUUUACUAGUACCAUAGAUGGAAGUAUCGGAUGUACACCUUCUGAUAUAUAUGAAGCCGAUGACUUGGAAAGCUUAACAAUAUUCUCUGGAGUCAAUGGGAGUUCUGUGUUAGGAAGUAAUCUAAAACGUUUAACACUAAUGAGGCAUCAGAUCGGAGCAUGGAUCAGACCAAUUUAUGAGGCAACACUGAGCGGAAUGAUAAAUGCCUCAAGUGGUUUAAAGGUAAUAUCAGUCCAAUUAAACAGCUAUUGGGGUGAAAGCUUUAUGUUUCCAGCAUCUACUCAAACUACUGUCUACAUUGAUGAACCCAUUAAUGAAACCGAAUUGAUUACAAAAUUAUGUGCUACAGGAAAAGAAUGUUUAUUGGAACUGAAAGCUCAUUCAGGCAUAAAUGUUACUUAUCUUUGGGACUUGGGCGAUGGUACACCGGCAGUGACAACUACAGUCAACAAUUUAAAAUAUGUAUACACAACUCCUAUGAACUAUAAUGUUACAGUCAACAUAUCCAAUUCUGUUCAGUUCAAGGUGAUUGUACAGAAUGUGACCAUAAUACAACAGCUUGCAUUUAAUGAAAUUCAAAGUAGUCAAUUUGCCGCAAAGAAUGAGAUAACCACGAUUACAUUGAAUAUCACUGGAAGUAUGUUCACUUGCUUAUGGUCCCUAAACAAUGUUCCGUUUAAAAAUGAUAGUCUUACACGGUUAGAUUAUAUAUAUAACACGACCGGCUUAAUGAUAUGGAAUGUUACCUGUGUGACUCCUUUAGAAAAUGCUAGUAGAAGUUUGGUACAAAACGUGGUGGAGCGUUUGACAGGACUUACACUUCGGACAAGAAGUUUACCAAUCGCAGUCACUACUCCAAUUGUUUUCGAUUUCAUAACUGGUAGUAAUUUAACAAGUAAUUUGACGUUCAAUGAUCAGAUACUGAAUUCAAACAUUGACUACACUCAAAGAACUAUUACAUCUGACCCAAUAAACAUUCCAUGGUCAAUGCUAGGAAAUUACACCUUGUCAGUAAACAACCCACUUAAUCCAAAUACAACCAAGGGUCAAAUAUCAUUUGAUACUCCACUGCAAGGCAUGUCGUUACAAGUCCAGCCAAACUAUGUCAGUCCGUUAGAAAACACGAUUUUUCGUGUUUCCUUCAGACAAGGCACAUCGAUUUUACUAACUGUUGAUUAUGGAGAUGGAGAAAUCAUUCAGCAGUCUGCACCACUGCUUCAGAACUGGCCAACCGACAAUCAGUUAACUAAACAGUACCUAAAUGUCAGCACAUACACUGUAAGAUUUUCAGCAUCUUCAGGAGGUAAAACAGAGAACAGAAGCGUAAACGUCUAUGUAAUUGAUAAGAUUGGCAUUUAUUCAGCUACGACAAGUAGUGAAUUCAGUAUCGUUAACAAUUUGAUCAAUCUAACUCUCGUAAGACAAUCCGGUAAUCCUGCAGUGUUGACUAAAAUAAGUUUAGACUGGGGUGAUGGUAGCCCAUUUAUAACAGACGAUUUUCUCGACGGUAAUGUCUACAAUCAUGUUUACAAAACUCAGGGAGAUUUUGCUGUUACAGCUUUACUUACAAAUCCAAUCGAUCAAAAGGUUAUUACGACGCUAAUAAAAGCACGUUCAAAAAUUGAAAAUUUUGGCUGUCAAGUUUUACCAAAUCCAGUUGAAAAGGGAAAAUCAGCAAUAAUUUCAGUUUCAUACAAAGCAGCACAAAAUGUUGUCAUUAAUGCUUUGUUGAAUAACGGGACAGAUGUACGACAAUUCAAUCUACCUACACCUCAGGUAACAAUGAUCAAUUAUACCUAUCCUGCUGACGGUUUGUAUUUUGAGACAAUACAGGCUGUAAACUUAGUCAGUAAUCAAACGUGCACAGUUGUUGUCGAUGUACGCAAUAAAAUAGAAAAUGUUAACAUUAAAUAUAGUGGCCAUGCUAUAUAUCCACCAGGAAUCGUUUCAUUUACCAUCACAUACACUGGUUUGCCUGCCAACUUUCCAACACUAGCCAAAUACGUGGUUGUAUGGGGUGAUAAAAGUGCACCCACAGAAGGGAUGUUAACUUCAGCUAAUCAACCUGAGACAGUUACUCGUGCUUUAACUAGUCAGGGUUAUUUUCAAGCUUCUGUGACCUUGGACAAUGUUAUAAGCAAUAUGACACAAACUAUACAGAUUGGUGCAUUUGGCGCAUUUCAACAAGUCGACCUACAAAUAACAGUGGCUUCAACAGGUGAUCCUGGUUAUGGAAUAGAAAGGAAUUGUUAUCCUCUAGGAGUCCCACUGAAGUUUCAAGUAUACGCUGAUGGCAGACCAGACAAUGUGGCCAACGUCACAUACUCAAUCAUAAAUCGAAAUAAUAAUCUGACGUUAGAUUCAGCAACUGUUUGGAACAAUUACUUUUUGUAUACAUUCAAACAGCUUGGAGAUUAUACAGCCGUAGUUCUAGCUUCAAAUCCACUCAGCUCAAAUUCAACCUCCAAAGGUAUCUCAAUAAAAACAUCACUACGUGGGCUGGAAGCUGUUCUUGUCGGUCCUGGAAUGUUGAAACCCAACGAACAAGGCUUAAUUCGUAUUUCAUUUCAAGCGUACUCAGACGAUACAUGUAUCUGUGUGACAAAAAACGAUGGCAUAGGUUCAGUUUACUAUCCACAAAUAAAAAAUCCAACAUCCACAUGCCCCUUGUGUCCUGCUUAUUUACGACUGGAGAAUAAGCCAGUUAAUCUAACAUUUUGGUUAGGUGUUCAAUAUAUGUCAGACGGACUUCAUUAUGUAUAUAUCCAAGCUAUGAAUCCAACUAAAAUGGUUGAAGCUAAAGUAUACGUGCCAGUUACGUAUUCAGGCUGUCCACCACCUAAAUUAACCAUAGGUAACACAUCAUCACGAUCACCCAAUUAUCCAAUAAUAGCAGUCAGCAACACAGUUGUAAAUAUUGAAGCAAAUCUAACUGUACCAGACUGUUUGAUGCUACAGGAAAAUCAAAAAUUGUGGACAUUAGAAUCUGUUGAUCCAGACACUGUUCAACCAAUCCAGUCAGUAUCACUCGACAAAGAACUAAGUGCAAAAACAUUGAGAUUAGGUAUACCUGCUAAUUUUCUCAUAUCUGGAACAUAUAAAGCCACAUGUUUCGCUUAUGUGGCGCCAAAAGAUUCAGCAGUCGGAUAUAUUGUUUCAGCACAUACAUACAUAAUCCUGCUCCCUCCACCACUAUUAGUCCAGUUUUACGAUGGCAACCCAGUCAACAAAACAAUCGGGUUAACUACGCAAGAAAUAUGUUUGGAACCAGAAGUUUAUUCUCUUGAUCCAGAAGUCAAGAACAGAAGUUCUCCACAGGGUAUCGGGUCUUGGAUAUGGUACUGCAGACAAAUCAAUGAAGAACCGUCUGAAAAUUUGAUUUUACCUAAACCUUUUGGAUAUCAGUACCAACUGAAUUAUACUGGUUGUUUCGGAGAUGGCCCAGGACGAAUUAAUACGAGUAAUGGUACACUAUGUUUUCCCACUGAAAACUUAAGAAUAAACACAACAUAUGAAUUCACAGUAAUCGGCAGCAAACCAACUCGAGGCAUUGGAAAAGCUGCAAUUCAAAUAAUAACAGUAAACUAUACAACUCCAAUGUUUUCAGUAAAGCAAGUUUUCAGCUUCCUAGAAAUAUUAUGCAGUUUUCGUUUACACGAGUACAAUACUAUUAUAAAAUAA